AUAUUAAAUGAAUGAAAGUUCCAUCGAUUAGUUCAGCUGUAGCCAAAUAUCGUUUUAACUCUCUAGGUACUUUUUGCGAACGAUUAAAUUAAUUGCAGACGGUUUUUAGGCCGCCUGUCAACCGGCGUAAUGACAUUAUUGCUUACAAGAAAAAGUCAUUCUGAAACGAAAAUUUUUCAGUCGACCAAAGUGACUUGAGAGAGAGAAAAGAGAGGAUUGAUAAGUUAUUUAUCGGCUUGAGGUAGUGACCGACUUCUUUGCUUAAAAAUACUGCCCAGCCGGUAAAACGAGAUAUAUUUAUGAAAAAUAGCAACGAAUGAAGGGAUGUCCUCGGCGACUCACGAAAGCGUUACCGUGGCCUGUGGGCAGAGAUAGGAAAAUACUGACCGGGUAAAGAACCAAUCAGAUUGCAGGAUUCGUUACCGUGCCCUCUGAAAAAAAAAAUAAAGGAAAAUACUGACCGGGUAAAGAACCAAUCAGAUUGCAGGAUUCGUUACCGUGCCCUCUUAAAAAAAAUAAUAAUAGAAAUUCCAUCUUUAUUGUCAUCUUUUGAGUAAAACACAUAAUCUAACAUCAUUGUAAUCUAAAAUUAUUAUUAUAACCUAAACUUACACAGAGACAUUUGUAAUAAUGAUAGUAAUAAUAGUAAUUAUAAUAAUAAUAAUAAUAAUAAUGAUGCUAGUGAUAAUUAUAAUAUAAUUCCACGAAAAAAAGUUAUUUAACAUGAGAUUACCUUAACUUCCCACUUAUUACAAUUAUUUAGUCUCCAUUACACAACAAAUAACACAGUAGUGUAAACCAAAAAAAAAUUUAUUUAGGGACGCCUGCCGAGAACCAACCCGAGGCAUAUAUUGCCCGAGGCAUACAUACAUACAUACAUUCGCAAUUGCAACUGGUAUACCAUAUACAAUCCUGAUAUACAGUCAAUUCCUUACACAUUCAAAAAUAGGUAUACAUUGCUAACAUGCAAACCUCACCAAGUCGGGAUUAACAGAAAUGGGCAACCGCCUACAAGGACAUUACUACAGUUAUACGGAGGCCAAAAAAAACCUCCCAGAGAAAAUCCCUUUGGGGAAAAAAUAUCACAGGAAAUCGGGUUGGAACCAUGGCCCAAACUCAGAGCAGUUGGCAACCUGUCCUACGAGGCUUCACAGUUAAACAAAAUAAGUUUUCAAACUAAAAUAAAUUUGUCAUCAGCCAUAGGUGGACGGUUGGUUUUGAGGCCUAGAUGGUCAUCACGUGCUAUACUCUCCUUUAUAUACCACUGCAUCAUUACCCAUGAUGCUCGGGCCUAAAGCCCAGGCCUUGUCGUAUCUCGUGCUGAUAUUAAUUUCUGCCUUAUUCGCAGACUCAAUCGUCAGAAAUACCAUUUUUUUAUCUAAUGAUUUUGAAAGAGAAACAAUAAAACCCUCUUUCUUGUAGAGAAAUCUUCCCGUGUGUUUCUAUUAAACAGUAAGCCGCCAUAUGUGGACUCUUAUUUUGACUGACGAGAUUUUCACUUAUAACUGCAAACCUUCGCUUUUGUAACACUCACAUUCACCGAAUUUUUCGCACACCAUCAGCAAACUUGGAAGAAGGGUAACAACUCAGUGAAACCAAGCAUGCGAUGAUAACGAGGCCCAAAUAUCGCCAAUUUGAUCACUUCUCCCAGUUCGUUCUAUCUUCAAACGUUUCGCAAACUGUGUUAGGUGGAUCAUUCCGCGCUAACCUGGCCGAUGUCCUCUUUUGAGUUAUUUCUGAUUUCUUUUACAUGCCCCGGAUCCUCACCCUCGUAACCUUCGUUUAUCGCAACCUUUUCAAGGGGAUGUGUACAUUUUUAUGAAGUGCACGCCAGUUUGAGCCGAUGCAAAAAAUGGCGCAAACCAUUUGAUCUUAGCUCAAUCAACCAAUGACUUUAUUUGUGGUUUUGAUAGUCAUCUGCUCCUCAGUGAGCGUGUAUAACUGCGUAUUUGUAAUGAGUUUCUGAUGUAAUACAUUCCCAAAUUGACAUCCAAAACGGCUUGGGGGUAAGAGCCGCAAGUGAGGAGACGCUUCAACGGUACAUGGACAGAAAAGAUAUUUUUCAGUGUUUGAUCCCGCUUUUUGAAUAUUCUGGUCAAAGACUCCUUGACGUCAGAAAAAAAAGAAAAUUAAAGCAAGGAAAACAGAAAAAAAAUUAAAAGCAAAACAACAACGACAGAAGAAACAAAAAAAAAAACUUUAGCAAUUAAAAACAACAAACUACUUUAAACUGUCAGCUCAAAGAAGCUGUUAGACGACUUGGUUACAAUAAUGAUAUUCAGAAAUUAACAAUUCAACAAACAGCAACUGAUAUAUCGGACAGGGAACAAUCAAGUCUAACAUUAUCAAAGUUCUUUCCUGUAUGUCGUUGAGACGAGACCACGAGUUGUCCAACUUGCUUUUUUAAAGUUUCAGAUCAGUGUCGUAAUUGAGCAACGGCUCACCGACCCCUCCCCUAACCCAACUUUAACCCUUACUUGCUAUCAGUUGACUGUUUUUGUGUUUGGGGAGGGGUAGGUGCUCAGUUGGUCAGAUAAUAACAUAGAUAAUAUACUUUUUCACAUCAAAUAAUUUCACUUACAUAAAAAUUUUAGGUUGUUAUAUUCAAAAUGUACAAACCGUUCUUAAAAGACGUUAUUGAUUCAGGUCAGAGGAAGACGAUUGUGCGAAUAAAGACAAAACCUAAGUGAGUAAAGAGGCCCACCUUAUAGUGGCUGAGCCAAUUUUCUGCCCAACAUUAGUUCAACUGUAAAGUAGAAUUUUCCGAUUACGAAUAAAGAGAGACGCUUAGAAUUUCCAAUCAUAAAAUUUGCAUUCUUAGUUGUUUUUGGGGAAUUUACCAUGUCUUUGAAGCCUCUUUAAUCGAAUUAUGGUGACCCAACAAACCUCGACGAGUUUUGUAGUCUAAAGCACGGAAGAUCGGUUCUCAUAUCGAAAUAAUGUCAAGAGCCCAAUUGAAACAAUAAAUGUGAGGUGACAGCUUAAUUUGUUCUCGAAAAUUAGAGAAAAUAUCUCCAGCAUGGAUAUUAUCGAAAGUAUUAAAUUCCUCCAGUUUUAGAAAUCCCCAGCUUUGCAUGGCAAGUUGUUGCUAUACUCACUGUAAUCAAUUUUGUGAUUGGCGAAUUCAUUUCAAUAUACUCAGUAUGAUUGGCUGAUGUAAUUGUCCGAUUAGAAGUGUCCAAUUACGACCGACCGUCUCGAUACACUGAAAAAUUAAGGAGUUCUUAUACCAAUCACAUUCGAGCAAACUGUAAUGAUUUCAAUUAACACCAAAAUUUGUAGCCACAAUAAACACUCACACCCCUCGUAGCAUUUAAAAUGGAUUUAUUAGUAUUCCCUGCCUCUCUUAUUCUGCUGCUAUCCUUAUUGCGUAUCAAAAAUAAAACCAUUUCAUAGCAGCAUAUUGAUAAUAAGCAAUAAUGUAAUAGUUAGCAAUUCAAAAGCUACUGUGGCUUUUCUAUAUUUUUUGAAAUACCAAAGCGAAAGAACUUGAAUUAAUCGAAAAUUGAUGGUUAACAUGAAAAUGGAUUUAUUUGUAUUCCCUGCCUCUCUUAUUCUGCUGCUAUACUUAUUGUGUAUCAAAAAGAAAACCCUUUCAUAACAGCAUAUUUGUAAUAAGCAAUAAUGUAAUAGUUGGCAAUUCAAAAGCUACCGUGGCUUUUCUAUACUCUUUGAAAUACUAGAGCGAAACAACUUCAAUAAAUCGAAAACGGGUAACUUGAAAGUUUUGUGCGUAAAUAUGUUCCAAACAAACACACGGGAAAAUCACUAAGUUUUCCCGUAACAACGCUAACUUCAUCAAUAUACAUCUCUUAUUAAGAGAGUAAUAUGAGGACUGCACUGAGCGUUGAGUUGAUAUUUUCCUAUGUCUUUUACAUCCACUGCGGGUCCAAGCUCGAUUUCUUUGUGGACCAAGGUGGGCGUGGUCUCAUUCCCUAAACAGUGGCCUUCUCGGAAUAUAUUUAUCUCGUAAUUUAACGCUGGUCAAGGUCAGUGAGGAACCCACUGUCUUUCACAGCCAUUACGAAUCCAAUCGAUUUCGUUGAAGAGGAGCGGGGAGGAGUGUGGGCUCAUUCCCUGACCAGCGGCCUAUUCAGCGUCUAUUAAUCUCGUCAUUUAACACAGUAACAACAUCGUAGCGGUUAAUGCCAAUGAAGAAGUCUCUCAGAAAAGUUAAAGGCUUGUUCAUUGUUUCAAAUACGUUAAGGACGUGUUGCGUUGGUGAUUCGUGGUUACGGUUUCCCAGGAAUUGUAUAUCUGAGCAAGAAGCUCCUAAACUUUCAGCCAGACACCUCCAGUUUCCGGGCUUGGACUCGAUGUCUAGCAGCUUCAUCAAUGUCCUACGGACAGCUUCUGGAAUCUUUUUUUCUUUACGAGUACGUUGCCGUGGCCAAAUUCCGUAUUUAAAAGGAUGGCGACCAUUUUCCUUCGAAAAAGAAUGAGAUCAUUGAGGAUCUUAAAGAAUGUUGUUUCAAAGGAGGAAGGUUAUGCUAAUAUUGGCUAACAUCAAACUUUGAAAUCCCUUCAAGAUUUUCCUUGUAACUCUUUUCUUAACAAUUUACAGCCCUAAAAAGCUGCUUAGACCUGAUCCCCCAUGAAAUAUGCAUAGGGAACAAACGAUUGGAGAGGCAAAAGUGGCCAUCCUCGACAAAUUUAAGUGCGUAAUCUUUUUCUUUUAAAUCAGACAAAAAAAACUUAAUAAAAGGGCUUAGUUGAGGGGGAAAUCAUGAAUUAGUGCCCACUUACCUUCAUUAAGAUGUGGAAUCUCUUCAUAUAUUCUUCCCAAUGAGCGAAGUCAUCUUCACUUUCUUCGUUUUCGUCUGCAAUGCAAGGAAAACCGCGUUCUAGCUCCCGUCGGUUUUUUCUGGGAGCAAAAACGCCAAAGCCUAAACUUGUGGUGUUAAACGAGCAUCACGGGGGCGAAAAAAAUCUGAAUAGAUGUGAAUUCUAUCCAAAAAAUAUUAGUGCUAAUUAGAACGCACAUUGCUUUAACAUUCUCUCCCGGCAACCUACGGAAAAUUGACUGUCGUCCGUGCUUGGGUGGCGGGGAAUUUGAACCUUGCUUCGGUGGGGUGGGGGUAUUUGAACCGGAGGUGUAAAGUCUUUCCAGCGUAAUACAUGUGUAUUAAUAGAGGAUUUUAAAGGUAAAGGUGGAUCCGCUUUCGUGAGCAAAUGGCUUAGAUAGACGAUUUUUAUUUCGUAGAAUGAUGCUUACAAGCAGAAAACCCAACAGCAGCACCAAAAACCAAUACGUGACUUCACUUAAGUCUACUGCAUUCGCUGAUCACACAAAUUGCUCACUAUUGAGUAGGGCAUUUAAACACAAUUUUGGUGGGAAUUUGGACGAAACAACCUUCAAAAGUUCAAAUACCCGGGUGAUUGAUGUUGAAGCUUUGCAUGGAUCCAUGCAUGGGUCUCAUGUUCAAAAACGAGAUAAAACAGCAGCAAUCACUGAACGUGUUUGGGAUAUAAGAUACCUGUUUUACACUGUCGUAUCUGAAAUAUCUCAGGGGCGGAUCCGGAAAUAUUUGUUGAGGAGAGUCCAAAAUUUUAUUUAGAAAACAUUAUUUUCUUUUACUUAGGACCCAAUAAAUUCCUCGAUAACCUAGGCGAUAUUUCAAGAAAGAUAAAUUUUGAUACCUCGUGUUAAGAAUUAAUAAGUGGUCCUGCCGUUGAAAGAUUUUUGGUUCCAGACAAGUGGUUAAAACUGACCGAAAGCAGAUCCCCCCUCCCGUCCCCUUCCGCCCCUUGAAUCCACCACCAGCGGAUGCGAAGUUUGGGGCACGAACGAAGAAUAAAAGCCUUAGUCCACGGACCAGGUUCAAUGGUCCAUUUUGAGGCUAAGGGUGACCUUGUUAUGAUACAAACCUUGCUGCUUUUCAAAUGUAAAUUACUUUAUCAUCAUGUUAACUAGAUACGGUCUCUAUCACAACAAGGUUACCUUCAGCCUCACUCCAAAUCAAAGGCUUGGCAACUAAUUACACAACUGUAAAAGGGCCAAUCGUGCGUUGAACUUAUCAAAGAAAGCUCACACUCAUAAUUUUUGUGGCCAUUGCCUCCUACAGGGAGCGAAGCCACAUAUGUCGUCGAAAUGUAGGAGUGAGUGAGUGUAUCAAUGGAAUGCUUUGAAGUAUCCUCGUAGUUCGACAUUCGCACCAGAGAUUAUAAGCGCAACUUACACUUAAGAAAGAGGGAUGUCUUAAUCCUUAACUCGCCAGAUCUCAUAAAUAAUUCUUCUAACAGGCUACCAUACAGUUCUUGUGAGGUUAGUUUUGAGAAUUUGGUAUUUGAUCAACUUAUAAUCCCCUAAUUGAUAUUUUUCUUUAUUCUCAUCACUUAUCUGGUUGAUAUUGUAUUGAUUUUGUAAGGAGAAAUUCUGUCUUGAUCACUCAUGGGAGUUAAAGGGUGCCUAAAAACCCAGGCAAUUUUUUUUCACUUCUUACCAUAACGUUAUAGAUGACGAUAAACAUCUCAUUCAUUUCACGAUGGCCUCUCACCGACACGUGAUUAAAAAACUGUAUCGUAGAUUGUAUUAGUACUUUAUUAUUAGUAUUUUAUUUUCUACUUGGUAAAUAUUUUCUGUAAUCGGAAUUGAGAAAUUUAAGCAAAAUCUUAGGAGAGAAAAUUAGGAUAUUGAGCUAUGGAAGUAAUGAAUAAGAAAACGUAUGCUGAGCAAGCACUAAUAAACUACUAGCACUAGAAAUGUAGAGGUAAAUUUUAUCACAUGUAAAUGUGUUUCACCAUAGUUGUAAUCAUUUUCACUAUUAAUUAUUAGAGCCCACUAGCUGCACUGGCCUAUUUCAUUACACCAUCAUAAGUUUUUCAGUUCAGUCGUUAUUCAACAUAGGAUAUUGCAUAGGAUGUUUCUUGAUUAAUUGCCUGGAAGGGAAGGGGGAAAGAGAUUUUUUGGGGGGAAGUCAUAAAGAUUGGAGUAUUUUAAUUUUAAACCUUCAAACCUGAAUGCACCAAAAUAAGGUACAGUACAGUCAAUCCAGGUCAAGGACAGUGGUGCAUGAUUUCUAAGGGUAAUCAUGUCAAGUUUGCACCCCUUGUGUUGCUUGCCGAUUUUUAUAUCUUAACACCUUUCGUAAUAUAUUAUCAGUUCCACUUACUGUCGUGACCAUAUUUUUUUUUUCGUUUUAUGUGUAAUAAAACAAUUAGAUUCGGUUUUGGUGAUACCCAGAAAAAUCAAGGUCUCAGCUAUUUAACCACUUACUACAUUGAAAAUAACCCAUUUUGGCGAGUUAUCCAUUUCUAGGUUUACUGCGAACAUAAGUAAGGGCUUUUCUUAUAUAAGCAGUAAACCUAUAAAUGGAUAACUUGCCAAAAUGGUUUCUAUUCAACAUAGUAAGCGGUCAGAUAGCAAGCAAUGCACUGUGGAAGUAAGAUGAGGUAUUUUUAUUGAGAAUUUGACCAUAUUUUUUAAUCCUCAGAGCAGUUGUAAAUAUUCCCACACAAAUUCUUAUAAUUUCGCUAUGACUCUAAUUUUUCAAGAUGAUCAUCUUACAGCUGGAGCUUGGGCUGCCUGUGAGUGAGUAUGCAUGACCUGACCCCUGAUGCAAUACCAAUUCAGACAAAUAUGCUUAACUGUUAAUUCAUAUAUCUCCCUUUUCCAUCCUAUUUUCCUUUUUCUCUAUCUUUUCUUUUCCUUCAUUUCAUUUUCUCCUUUUUUUCACUUUCAUUUCUUUUAACCUCUCAUUAUCUUAUUUUCUUUCUUUUUUCAUUUUUUCUCACCUCUUUUUACUCCUCUAUAUCUUAUUUUCACUCUUUUCUUUUUUUCUAUUUUUCUAUAAUUUUCUCUAUUCUUGUUUCUCUGUUUUUUUCUUUUUCUUUUUUACUUUUGUUUUCCCUUCUCUCUUUUCUUUUUUUUUUCAUUUUCUCUUUUUCUUUCAAUUUUUUUUCUUCUCUCUCUUUUUUCUUUUUUUUUCUUUUUUUUUUUCUGUGUCUUCUUCUUUUUUGUUUUGUUUUAUCUGUUAUAUUUACAAUAACAUCAUAUAACUUAUGAAGUUCACAACAGGCAUAAUGUUCUAUAAUGUAUUAUUCCAUGAUACUUUUACACUAGUCACUGGAAACCCUGGUCAGCCCAGAGACACAUAAGUAUUUGCCAUUUCACGAACAAUCAUGCAUGUUCGCUAUGUAAUAUUUAGUCAGUGAGUUUUUUGUUUGCACAAGGCAUCUUUGAUGUCAACUUGUUUGAUUGUUCUAUAGCAAUAUCAAUUCACUUGCAUUCAUAUAUUUGGAAAUAUGCAAUUUGGCACUCUAAAGUUUUGAGGAGGUAAGGACAAGCUAUGAGAAAAAGGAACCACAAUAAUGCUCUACAUACCAUACACAGUGGAUACUUCACCAAGCCAAUCACCAAAUGGGGAUUAUGCCCCACAUUUUGAGACAAAAUCUUUACAAAAUUGUGUCUUUCUGAGACUUCAGCAUGCCUCAUGUUGCCCUCCCUCCCCCUCCACUCACCUUGCAGGAAGUUGGUUUGGUGGUUGCCAGUGACAUGUGCAUUGCAAAAUAAUAAAACUGAUAGAAGUUUACUCACUAUCUUUAACAUUAAGGGAGAAUAUUCAAAUUAAUGAUAGGUCCAAAUGUAAAUAUAUGAAAAUCGUAUACGCGAAUUGCAGAUAAAGAAAUAAAUAUGGAAGUAAUCUUCCCAGUUAUGAACAUUGCUUAAGCAGUAGUGGAAAUAAGGCCUAAAAAAAUUCAGGCUGUACGGAUUUGAACCAAUGACCUCUGCGAUACCGGUGAAGCGCUCUACCAACUGAACUAACGAGCCAACUGGUCAUCAUGUUGGUCCUAAAUAAACCCGUAAAGUGAUAAAUAACUGACUGUAAAUAUUUAAAAAUCAUGUAUAAUGAUAGGUCCAUCAGAUAACAACAAUCGUUGAUGAAUUAAAACGAUGUUCUUACCGCUAACGAGGCUUCGACUACUGUAACUUAGUUCAUUAAGAUUCACUCAAGUUAGAUGACGCGUAAAACACGAAGAAAACGACGGUGUAACUCGGAAAAGAUCUACUUAAAAUAAUUUACGACUGAUAGGUAAACUUGUUCACUUUCCAUUGAAGUUUACAGGCUAAAAAAUACAAGUAAAAUUUAAAAUAACUUACCAAGAUUUCCAAGAUCUUUGUAAGGCCUCUUUAAUAUACCAAAGAGUGUGGUGAUCCAACGAAAGAAUCUCAUAUAGAAAGGAAUUUUAUGGGAAGAAGUCAUCCUAAAAGAUCUUCACAGCAGAGGGGACUUUGAGCCGGACAAAAUUUUGCCAAAUGCUCAAGCAACCCUAAAGGGAGCCAAUCAAGGCAAGUCGAGUAGGUCACAUGAUGUUGCGGAAACCGUAUCAGAUGAACAAACAGUCUUGCUAGUCAGCAGUUUAACUUGAAACUGUAAGGAACGUUGAAUAAGCUAGAUGUUUAAACAUGACUGGCGAAAUUUCGCUUGUUGUCCUUUGUCAUAGUUUUAUUCUCUAUUGCUCUGUUAUCCGAAUACUUGCACAAACAAGGUAAAACGGUGAUUUUGAUUUUCUUAUAUUUAUUUGUAGUCACUUUUUAUGUACAUUCUCUUUGCACAGGCUGGAGCCAGAAAAGCCUCUAUUGAAUCAGGUAAGUUUUGGGGAAUACUACAAUAUAAUAAUAACAAUAAUGAUAAUAACAAUAAUACUAAUGAUAAUAAUAAUAAUAAUGAUAAAAAUAAUAAAAAUAAUAAUGAUGAUGAUGAUAAUGAUAAUAACAACAGAGAUGAUAAUAAUAGAAAUUCCAUCUUUAUUGUCAUCUAUUGAGUAAAAUACAUAAUCUAAUAUUGUAAUCUAUAAUUAUUAUUAUAACCUAAACUUAUAUAAUAAUAUUAUUAAUAAUGAUAGUAAUAAAAGUAAUUAUGAUGAUAAUAAUGAUGCUAGUGAUAAUUAAAAAAUAAUUCCCCAAAAAGUUAUUUAACAUAAGAUUACCUUACCUCCCCACUUGUUAUAGUUUUUUUAUCUGAUGAUUUGCAAUGCAAAACAUUGGAGGAGACCUAAUGCACUUUUAAAAAGAACCCCUGGUACCUAUAGCAAGAAAACUUCUCAAACCCCCAGUCUUGAGGGAAAUUUGUGCUAUUUUAGAGAGAAUACAAAUAUAUUUUCAAACACAAGAAAAAUUUAUCUUUUACCAAAUGCAUUCCUUUCUUAAAAUCAUACUGCUAUGUGCUCAAUCAAUUCCGACUGUGCUUUCCAUAAAAAUUCCAAGCUGAAUAACGAAUCCCCAAGUACAAGGGCCAGUUAAAAAUGCUAAAUUACGUUCUUACAAAAUUCCCAAACUUUUUGAGAUAAUAAAUUGAUCCUUUCUCCUCAAUGAUAUUGUUUGUGACUGUGUUCUAUUUUUCAGGUUCUACAUCAUAGAGAGACAGUCUUGUACCACUUAGUGCAACUGAAACCAAGCAAAAGUUAUGAGUUGCGAGUGUCAUACCCUUCUACGGUACUAUACUUUGAAUUUUGUUUUAUGUGA